AUUCACAACUUGUGUCGUAUGAAAAAGUAAAAACCCUAAACGUCCUUCCCUUUCCUGCGCAUUUCUCUGCAGCUUGCACCCUACACUCCAUAGAUCAAUCGCUUCUGAUUCCCCACCUUUGGGAUUAAACAGCAGGAUAUGGCAUCGUUUGAGCAAGCACCACCAGGCGAUGCAAAAGCUGGAGAGAAGAUCUUUAAGACAAAGUGCGCUCAGUGCCACACCGUCGAUAAGGGCGCUGGUCAUAAGCAAGGUCCUAACUUGAAUGGAUUGUUUGGGAGGCAAUCUGGUACAACUCCUGGGUACUCUUAUUCUGCUGCUAACAAGAAUAUGGCUGUGAUCUGGGGAGAGAACACAUUGUACGACUACUUGCUUAACCCUAAGAAGUAUAUUCCUGGGACAAAGAUGGUUUUCCCUGGAUUGAAGAAACCACAAGAUCGUGCGGACCUCAUUGCCUAUCUGAAGGGAGCCACUGCAUAAUCGUUUUGCAUGGUGUAGGGUAUUUUGCAGUAAACCAAAGAGUUUAGAGACCAAUUCGGAAUUCUUUUUGAAAGGAAAAGAAACUAAUAUUUAUGGAAAUAAAAGAAAUAUUAAUGGCUACAAUCGUUGAGACCUCCUACAUGAGAAAUGUCUUGAAUUUAAUGAUUUUUUAUUCAAAUAUAUGAGCUGGUGGGCUUGUCGUGUUCAAUUUUUUCGGGUGUAAUGGUUGUUUUUGGCAGUUGUAUCUCAUAUUUGUUCAAAGAAUGGUUCAGAGACUUUUUCUGUUUGAAA